AUGGCAGCCCAAGCAGCCUCUACACAAACAUCAACAGUAACUAAGAAAAAUAGUCUUAUAUCUCCACCAGGUAACCUGAAAGAAGCUGUAGAUUGGAUUAUAAGGGUAUGUGAUAAAGAUGGGCACGGUGUAAGAGGUGCUAAUGGAGCUAUGCGGUAUAUAAAGGAAUUGAUUAAAGAAGUAAAUAAGCUUCUGAAGGGCGCGGAGGAACAUGUAAGGAACCUUCAAACGGAUGUACCCGGCGAUGCCCUUUCGGCAUCUGCUAAACUUGCGGUAAGUGUGGCUGUACUUAGUGAUGUUUCUAAGAAUACUGAAGAUGUGAUCACCAAAUUGGCCGAUAAGUUAGCUAUAUUCAUUGGUUACAAUAAUGGUAACGGUGACUUGGGCGGCCAAGGUAUUGGCAAUCCCGGAAAAUGUUCCUGUCCCACCAUCGUCCAAUGCGCUGACGUCCUACCCCUUUUCUUCAAAUACGGCUUCGUAUACUACGAUCACUCUACCUUAAAUAAAACAGGUGACACCGGACGUAAAUGCUCCCAAUUCGCCACUCAACUCAACGCAGUCAUUAACGGCCUACCAUUCAGCGACCUCAUUGCCGCAAUCAACAAAUUCCUCUACCACAUCCGCCAACCCUUCCUCCUAUACCUCCUCACCUUCUGGCUACUCGCCAUCACCUACCUAACACACUCACUCACAAUACCACUCGACGUUCUACACCUACGAUCACACCUACGUACAUCUUUAUUCUCUCCACUCGUGUUACUAGGCAAGAAUAAAUCACCCAUAGAGAUCACCUAUUUCACACCUUGA